AUGAACGCAACGCUGGAUCGUUCAUCCGCCUCGAGGGUGGACGCCGACGAGGAAGCCGCGAGUUAUGUGGUGGAAGAUAUGAGCAGUGCGACGGAAGACGUCGAGAGCUACAGAGACGAGAAAGAACAGGUAGUUAUUGCCACCUCAGAGAACAAAAGGGUUGGGUACAUGAGAGUUAUAUUGAUGCUCGUCUUAGCAGCAGUAGCAGCGUUUAUCUCUUGUGGUUUUUACUUCGGGAGCAAGGAGGGUGAGCAGAUAGGGUUUGAAAACUACGCGAGAGAAGCCUGUGAGAAGGUGGCCACCAGUUUCCAAUCCAGUGCAACUAGCAGACUCACAGCCAUUGCCAGUCUUGCCGAAGGCAUCGCUUCUAAUGCAGCAGCAAGGGGCGAACACUGGCCAAAUGUAACUGUGCCUGACUUUGAAGAAAGAGUGUCACUUACCCUGGAUUUGGCUGAUGUGAUGUCAAUCACUAUGCUCCCUGUUGUGACUGGAGAGAACCUGGAUGGAUGGGGAGAAUACUCUGUCAAGAAUGCAGGAUGGUACCAUGAGAGCCUAGAGUUCCAGAGAGAAUCUGGGACAAAUCAUUCACAAUGGAGUGAAGAUGUGGAAGCCCUGAAAGAAGUCCUGGGGGAGGUGCAAUCCAACACAACGAUUCAUCCAGGAAUCUAUUCCUUCUUUGACAACUCCACAUUCUAUGAUGCCCUUGCUGAUGAAGGUCCUUUCCUGCCAUGGUGGCAGUUUGCGCCAGUCUUCCCUGUGCCCUCUAUCCUCAACUAUGACACUGCUACGAAUCCCUCACGGCAGUAUCAAAUCAGAGCUGUUCUGGAGAACAAGAGCCCAUUGGUCAGUGAAGCCUGGGACUAUUCUGACACUGAGAACCCCCAUAUCAUUGGCAAGCAGGCUACACUGAAUCUCUACCUGAAGAGGUGGGAAGAUGGUGGGAAGAGCUACCAAAAAGGGCCUGUGAGCGAUCUGUAUUACCCUGUGUUUGAUCGGGACAGUUCUGACAAGCAGACUGUGGCAGCUAUAUUGACAGCAUACAUCUAUUGGCAAGUGUACUUUGAAGAUGUCUUGUCGUCUUCCAGUGAACCUGUGAUGGCCGUCCUUGAAAACGUGUGUGGAAGCCAAGCUCACCAUGAGCACCAACGCAGUAUGAGAGAGGAUGACCACCACCAACAUCGACAGCAGUUCACUUACAAGAUCAUUGGUGAGAAAGCAGAAUACAUGGGGCCAGGCGACCAUCAUGAUGACUCCUAUGACUACUUGGAAGAGUCCACAGGUUGGCAUGCUUUUCUGGCUGGUACGAAUGACAAAGAUCAUCUCAUGGAGGGGCAGUGUCUCUACCAAGUUCGCAUCUACCCCACUAAGGAAAUGGAGGACAAUCUCACCACCAAUGAUCCAGUGUACAACAUGCUAUUUGUUCUGGCAACCUUUCUCAUAACGUCUCUGGUAUUCUGUGUAUAUGACUGCUUUGUUGAGCGUCGCCAGAAGGCAGUCAUGACAAAGGCCAUCAAGUCAACAAAGGUUGUGCAAGAGAUGUUCCCAGAAAAUGUCAGAGAACGGUUGUUUGAAGAAAGCACCGGUGACACAUCAUCCAGCCAGCAACAUCAGGCUGGGGCCAAACAACGUCUGCGGGACUCCAGCUGCGCAACCAAUAAUCGUUCUUCCCUUGAAUCCCUGGAUGAUCAGCUAUCAAGACCCAGGGGCCCCAUGGUAGCGGAUCUGUACCCAAAUUGCACCGUCCUUUUUGCAGACAUUGCUGGAUUCACUCAAUGGUCAAGCAACCGUGAACCCAGACAUGUCUUCCAGCUUUUGGAGACUCUCUAUGGGGCAUUUGAUAGGCUGGCCAAGCAGCGCAAAGUAUUCAAGGUUGAAACUAUUGGAGAUUGCUAUUUAGGCAUUACUGGUGUCCCGCGUCCUCGGCGGGAUCAUGCUGUGGCAAUGACAAAGUUUGCUGCUGCAUGCAUGGAAAAGAUGGACUUCCUCGUCCAAAACCAGUUGAAGGACGCGCUUGGAGAAGAGACAUCCUUGCUUCAACUGAGGGCUGGCAUCCACAGUGGGUCUGUAACCGCUGGUGUGCUUCGGGGAGAGAGGGCACGCUAUCAAAUCUUUGGAGAUACUGUCAACACUGCAUCUCGGAUGGAGAGCAACUCUCUCCCUGGAAAGAUUCAAGUUUCUUCUGAGACUGCAGAGCUUCUCAAGGCGGCUAACAAGGGCAGUUGGCUAGCUGCUAGGCCGGGUGGGAUAGAAGCCAAAGGAAAAGGCACCCUUGCAACUUUUUGGGUGUUGCCAAAUAGGCCCAGUUCCUCCAUGUCAGGAUCUGUUUCUUCUGCGGGGCUCUCGGGGGAAUCCGAACCAACGUUGACUGAAGACACCACUGGUGCAAAAGACUUCAUUGAUGGUUCUUGGUUGUAG